GCACAGCCUGUUGGACACACUGGAGGCAGGCGUGACCUUAGCACGCGGCGCACCGGAACGCACGUUUUUAGCGCUCCCGCGGUUCCUCACGGGCGUGCUGCACCGCUUCCUGCUGCAGCCGAGCGGGGUGUGCGACGACGAAACGCUGGUUGUUCAGUGCGCGCAGCGCUGCGGCCCGAGGGUGGUGGAACUCUGCGG